CUCUUCCGCGCUCCACUUUGAUAGCUGAGAGGAAGUGACUUCCUCCCAGCGCUGAGAUCCUUAGAGUGGCCUGGUCUCGCUAUUAAAGCGCCCCUGAGGUCAUAUUACCAUCGGGUGGCCCUAAGUGCAAGGGCCACCCGAUGGCCUCCUCAGCGUGCUGGCCACUGCCGCCCACAAAACAUUUGCCGUGCGGGGAUGAACCGCCCGCCUCCAUAGUUACGCCACUGAGGGGAGGUCUGACGCUCUGUUUAGUUCCUGUAAUUCAAGCUACCGAACAUUUAGGGAUAUUUUCGUUGCGGUACCGUCAUCGAUCCCUGAAUAGCGCGGCAUAGAAGGAGGCGGUGAGUAUCAUUUAAUUUCUCUCAGUGCAAUAGAAUCUCAGAAUUCCAUUUUGUCAAUUCUGCAGGAGAAUGGUCACACUCAUUCCCAGCGAGCUGCUGUCAAAUCCGUUAAUCGUCAUCAUAUGGUCAGUAACCUUAAGCAAGACUUUGAUACAUUUUAUAUAACAGUUUGGCAAUUCCAAAUACCUUGAUCUACUCCUAAAUAAACUUCUACCAGGUUUACACACUGAAGAAUUCCCUAUCACUAUAUUUACCAAUCUUAUUUUGCUGCCAUAUAGCAAAUACGUUUUGUUUUUAAACAGGAAGAAUUCUUACGGGGUUAUCUACUGAAUUGACAAUUUAAAAUUAAUUUCAAACUUUAGGUCAGAACAGCCGACCUGGAUAAAUUUUCUAAAUCAGUUAUGGUGUCAGCUCAGCUAAUCUGUCUUGAAAUGUAUUCUCAGUUUAGUGAAAAAGACCCUGUGAUUUAUUUUGUUUACAAGACCAAAGUUACAGGACAGAAAUUAGGGAUGUACUCACUAAACAGUGUGUUGUGGUGACACCUGACUUGAAGAAUGUUGGGCAGGGUAGCACAAUUUAGGAAAAAAAAGUUUUAGGAUAAUUUUUACAGUCCAUGUGUAAAUUAUUAAACUACUCACCGUAAAUGACUUUUCUUAAUGAGAAUACCGUCAAAUCGGUAACAGAGCGCUGCUUGUUCUUGUACCCUAUAGGGUGCAGUAAUCACAGGGUAAGAACUUCGAAUUGAGGAAUCACUAGAUAAGUAGCUGUUUAACAGGACGUUGUAAUUUACAGUAGCUGCAGGAGCGCUCAGUAACCUUAAGCAAUUAAAGCAUCAUAUCCACUACAUGCCAUUGAUCCUGUUUUCAAGAGGUCUGACAAAAUCUUGGGGCCCCCAAGGCACCUGUGGCUGGCCCUUUGCACCCUAAAUGCUAAUGCAUGAGUUCCAUUUGCUAUUAGGUGGCAACUGGAUGCAAUCAAAUUAGCUACUAUGUCUGGUUCAAAGUCUCCGGGUAAUUUUGGUUGCUGUUCCUAUGUUGUUUAUCAGCAGAUUAAUAUUGACCAGGGCCCUAAGCACGAUGACAGAUCUGAAUCGCACCCCAACCCCCACCCCCCCAUUCCCGUGUGGGCCCCACAGUCACACAACACAUUACAACUAUUUACACACACUAAUAACACACAGAUCCAUGUUCAGUCCUCGACACUGAUAUACACACUGACACACACUGUCAUAUAUACAACAUGACACAUAGAUACCCACACUGGCACAUACACACAAAUACAUAGACUCAGAAACACACACAGACACACACUGGCACAUACAGACUGACACAAAGAUGAAAAAAAAUAACAUUUAAAAAAAAAUAAUAAUUAUAUACCGGUUUAUAUAUAUAUAUAUAUAUAUAUAUAUAUAUAUAUAAAUCAAAAUACAUUUAAAAUGAUGUUAUAAAUACAUCUAUCUAUUUGAAUCUGUAACUUUUGAAAACACCAUAAAACCUGUACAUUACAUGGGGGGUACUGUUAUACUCGGGAGACUUCGCUGAACACAAAUAUUAGUGUUUCAAAACAGUAAAAUGUAUCACAACAGUGAUAUCGUCAGUGAAAGUGCCGUUUGUGUGUGAAAAAUGCAAAAAAACUUUCUGUCUGCCUGGGUUGUUUGGCAGUUCCAUCGAAUUGUAAUUAAUAAUGUUUAUUUGCUGUCUCCCUCAAUACCCUUCCUAUUGUGUUUUUAUACCCCACCUCCUCUAGAUUGUAAGCUCAUUUGUGCAGGGUCCUCAACUACCUAUUGUUCCUGUUACAAUUUCUUAUGGUCCCAUUUGGUUAAUUCCCCUCUUAUUGUAAAGCGCUGCUGAAAAGCUGGCGCAAUAUCCAUACCAAUAAUAAUAAUUUCCACUUAGGGGUGUACUCACUUUUGUUGCCAAUGGUUUACACCAUGGGUCGUCAACCUGGUCCCUACCGCCCACUAGUGGGCGUUUCAGGAUUCCAAGUGGGUGGUAGGGAAUUUGGCAGCUAAAUCCUCUUUUUGAGAGGAUUUCUCUUUAUUAGAGUGGGUGGGCAGGCACAAGCGGCUUGGGGGCGCAAGAUUUCAGUGACCGGCAGGAGGGAAGCACUCUCAAAAUACACGUGGAACGAAAUAAUAUAUAUACAGUGUAUCUAUAUAC